CCCGCGGAACACGCCCUGUCGCCUCACGAGGGGGGCACCCCCUACCUUUUCCAGAUGGGGAAGCCGGCCCCGGGCACCCACACACAGAGCUCGGUUCUACAAGUGCUUCACAAUGACCUCCCCCCAGUCAGGAAAAGGGCCUUUCAUCCGAAAGCCUGCCAUGCUGGGCAGCAAGGCCACUGCCCGUUGUAACAGCAAUCGUCCCGGUGUCGGGACGAUCAAGAGACGAGCGGGCGACUGCGUGUUUCGCAUAUCCACGUCAGUUGCCAGAGACAAUGGGACGCCGCCUCUUGUGCUUGAAGAGCGGCCGAGGAUUGACGGAAACAUGCACCGCCGGCCAUGGAGAGGUAGCAAGAGGCAAGGUCUUUUUUGGUGCCGGCUAUCCGUCGACGAAACAUCCACCGCACUGACUCGUGGCCGUGGCCAACAAGGGGUGCAGAUUGUGAGUGGGCCGCCGUUGCUCGAAACAAAGAAAAAGAAAGAGGAAGGUGAUGUGGUGUGGCCCGACGGCUACGGUCGUUUCCAGAUCUGCAGAGCCGGGCAUCAUCGAGGACAGCGAAUUGGCCUCACCGGCACUGGGGUUGGCUGCAACCACGGAUCCCGUCACGAGGAAACGUGCACGCGUGAACGCGGUCCUCCGGGAAGUGGAUGUUGUUCCUUAUGGCCUGGGUCCGAGAAGCAAGCCCCUUGCCCCGUCGACGAGAGAUGGGUCAGACUCAAGGCGGGAUAUGGACUCCGUCCAAUGACCCUCCGGCUCCAUCUGAGGAGUACGUGCGCACACGAUUGCAACACAGACGGCAAAACUUGCAUGCGCAUUAGUUGCCGGUUAACCGGUGCAGUUCGUAUGGAUCGCAACGGGACGAGCGCCUCCAUCAGCCGUCCGCCUCAACUAUGAAGCCCAAGUAAGCUGCCGACGACCGAUAUUUGCCUGGGCAGAAGCACACGCUUGCUGUUUACACCCUCGAAGGGUAAAUAUCGAAACUUCACACACGGGAUUCCUGCGGGUGGCAUGUGGAUGCAUCACGGAUCUGCCCCGAGACAGAAAAGCUUGGCACACGCGGCUGUGGAGACCAGUUCUGUUGGGCCCUCUGGUGUGGAAACGUCACCCUCUGAGCCUCAAAUCUCCGUCUCCAAUGGUAAUAUCAGCCACGGGAAUAACAGCCGCCGUGAUGAGCGACGGUGAGCGGCAUUGCCGCUGUCGCCAUGCCCAGUCGGGAUCUGGGAUUAUCGCCCAUUGACACAGCCACCAGACCGACAAUCCACCGGCACGGUCACGUUGCGCGUUAGCGCCAAGCGGACGUGGAAAGAGCUGGGCCAAAAGGACAAAUUUCGGUUUCCGGGGGAGGAGGCAAUGUCGAGGGCGUGGAGCCGCUUUCUGUUCGGAAGCGAAAGUGAGACGGCGUCGAGUCUCAUCUAUGUUUGAGCCUCGCCGCAAGAAGCUCAUCCGAGAGCUAGGGCCCC